AUGUCGCAUUUGCCGCAUAAUUUUUUAACAUGGUGUUAUACAGUAGAAUCGUCUAAUCAACAGUCUGUAUUGAACCUUUUACCACUUCCACCCUCAUACAAAGAUGAUGUUACAAAUCAACAAUAUGUUAAAGAAAUUGAACGAAAACAACCAUCCAACAUAAACUGUUGCACUGAUGUUUCAAAUUCCAAAAUAUUCAAAUAUCAAUUGCAGAAAAAAGACCUAGUCGUGUUGUUGGAAAAUCCAAGUUUAUAG